AUGAAUGAUGCCAAUGUAGAUAUCAUGUUGGAAAUUCCAUCUAUUCAUCCUUUUAUUAGCAAUGUUGAAUUGUAUUUAGAAGUGGAAUCAAUUUUUAUUGGACCUGUCGAAUAUAAGGGUCAAUCCAAAAGUUUUGUUCCAUUUGCUCAAUUGCCAACACAAGACAAUGACACUUCGUUGGAUCAUGCUAAUACCCACCAUGCUAAUCAACCAAUUUUGCCAAGUACUAGUGAACCUACCAUGGAAAGGCAAGUAUUAGUCAUAGAUAAUAUUUUUGGAUUCUCAGAUUGCGAAAGUAUUAGCCAAUAUGACAAAGAUACUAGUGCAAAUAUAACUGCAGAUAUGAAUGUGAAUAAUGAAGUACUUGAAAAAAAAAACAUGAGGAACAUGAAGAGCAAAAAGACACCACAAAGCCAAAGUUUUGCUUGGAAUCUUGAUCUUGAGUUGAGGAAAGGUUUAAUUUUCCAAGAUAAGGCAGAAUUGAAAAGAGCUGUACAAUUGUUCUCCAUCAAGAGACACAAAAAGUAUGAAGUGGUGGAAAUAAAAAAAAUAUGGUCAUUGGGGUGUAAAAGACAUCGAGAAAGUGGAUGCAAAUGGAGGCUUCGUGCGUAUCAAUGUAAAAGUCAUGAACUUUUUGAGAUUACUCAAUAUGAUGCCCCUCAUAUAUAUGUCUACCCAAGGUUGAGUCAUGAUCACCCACAACUAGACUCAAAUUUGUUAGCACAUGAGAUUGAAAGUCAAGUGAAAGUUGAACCUUCGAUUACAAUUGUAGCUUUAAAUGCUAAGGUAAAAGACAAAUUUUCUUAUGAUGUUUCAUACAAGAAGAUGUGGCAUGCAAAACAAAAGGUCAUUACAAAUGUUUUUGAUGAUUGGGACAUAUCUUAUAGGUUGCGUGAUUCGACUGUUAGAGUAUUCGGACUAUUCCACCGUAUUUUUUGGGCUUUUUCACAUUCCAUUGAAGGGUUCAAGUAUUGUAGACCAAUUAUAAGUAUUGAUGCUACUCACUUGUAUGGAAGAUAUAAAGGUAAAAUGCUUAUUGCAAUGGGAGUUGAUGCUAAUAACCAGUUUUUGCCACUUCCAUUUGAUGUUGCUGAGGUAGAAUCUUUUGAUACAGUGAAUGAGCCUAGCUCUAGAUGGCAAGAACCAUGGGCUUAUCAUCGAAUUUGCUUACGACAUAUAUGUAGUAAUUUCAAUGAUAAGUUUCAUAAUAAAAACUUGAAAAUACUUGUUAUAGAGCUGGAAAUGCACAUCAGUUACGAAAGUUUGAUACCAUAA